GUUUCAGUUGUUGCUUAUUUUUCCCCCCUACUCCAUGCCCUCUGUGUUGACCAUCAACGAGCACUGUAAGCAGUGUGGCGAUUCCUAUCAUGGGCCAAAUGAGGGAUAAAGGAAGGGACCAGGAAGGCCUUGAUGAAGAAGACGAGCCAUAAUGAACACCAUUCCUUUUCUAGUAUGCCUCCUCCUUUUGCCUUUAUCCUUUUUAUCUCUCUUCCCCUAAUCCAAGGUUGCGAUCACAGUGCAGAAGGCGCAAGCAUACAACACACGCACACGCACACACCCAGUCGCCAUGCACCCCUUGGAAAACAACAAAAACUUUAUUGUGAUAUACACUUCUACAUCCAUUCAAUCCCUCUGACCCCUUCUUUCUUCCUCCUUUGUUUCCCUCUCUUCCUGAUGUUUGUUGCCGGGUCUUUUGUAUUUGCCUGUCUCCUGUGAACUUACACCUGCCCCUUGAGCCCAUGCCCUUUGUGUACAUGUCCUCUUUUUCUCUCUAUUCCCAUCUAAAAUAACAAUCUCCUCUGUUUAUUCUCCUCGCUACCUCCUCUUUUGCUUUGAAUGACAUCUUUUUGCACCUGAGUUUUGGUCAGCAAAUGACUUUUAUUUAG